GAAAGGAUCAGGGCAGUGCUAAUAACUCGUGCUUUGGGAAGGCAGAUAGUAGCCCCGUGCUGGAUAACUGAUGAGACAUAGGGUGCACUAUCGAAGUCAAACCAAAUCAAGACUUUCAGAAUUCUCUGGGGAAAUUUGAAAGUACCUCUGCUGGGUUGCUACCACUUAAAUGUUUGGCAAGGUGACAGAUCCCUUUUGAAACACCAGUAGCCUUUUGUGGUACAUUGAAUCUGGCAAACAGGAACCUACACAGGUGCACAGCAUUCAGUUCUGGGAGUAUUGACCAGCCUUUGUACUUAUUAAAGUUUCAUCGGAGGUGAUCGUAGCAUGAGUUCCUCGAGGAUAAUGGACCCUAAGAUGCGAGAGGCUGAAGGAGAUGGAGAGGACAAUUCAGGAAAGAAAAAAUCAAAGUUCAAAUCUUUAAAAAAGUUUUUUGGUAAAAAGAAAAGGAAAGAGACACCAUCUUCUGCAAGCAGCAAUCUGAAGUUGUGCCAGUCAGCAAGUGAUGUUGCGGCCUCUCACGACAUGCGCAUUAAUUAUGACUCUGAAGAUGAACUUGAGGCACAUAAAGGCAUUAUGGGAAGCAGAGCUUUGUCACAUGAUAGCAUUUUCAUCCUUGAGACUGGGCAAGAGCCUGCAAGGCCAGUAAGAGUGUUUUCUCAAGAAAACAUUUCUGACCGGAUUAGAGCUUUACAGCUGAAACUCCAGCCUACCAUGAAAUUGGGACCUCCACCUCCAUUUGGACUUCAUGCAAAGCGAACAGAGGAUGCUGGGACCAGUUCUGAAGAUGAUGGAUUACCCAGAAGCCCUCCAGAAAUGUCUUUGCUCCAUGAGAGCCUAAACUCAGGCACAAGAACAAGAUUCUUUGACUCUCACAAGCAUCUUAGCUCUUUGAGUUUAGCUGGAACAGGCAGUGAAGAAGAAGAACAGGUUACAUUGCAUCCUUCUAGAGCUCAUUCUACAGAUGGUCAGCUGUUCACUAGGCAUGGAAGUGGAUCUCUGCAGACAUCUGACAGUACCGUCUCACCUACAGCCAAUUUUGACACUCCACCUGAACUUUCCACUUUCUUGGAUAAUUCUGCUGCUAAACAUAAGCUUUUAAUAAAACCCCGGAACCAGAGAUCCAGUAAAAUGAGAAGAUUUUCUCAGAGGACCCAGUCUGAAUCUCUGACUGAUUUGAGCUGUACCCCAGAAGAAGAAGAAGAGGAUGAUGCUGUAUUCAAACCCAGCAAUCAAGAACUGCCAUGGACCGCAGCUGCAACGCAGGAUGCUGUUUCCUGGCCAAAGCCCAGAAUGCCUGAGGACCUCCCCCCUGCUUUGAGACCAGUGAUGACUCAGCCUGCUUCUGAGCCUGCUGCUGUACAGGAAGCCCUGCUUCCAGAUAAUAAGCCACAGGACUGCCAACCAGUGCUGGAAACAACAUCUGAAGAGUCUGAGUCCUCAAUGCUGAUAGAAGACAAAGAGCCCGCAACUUCUUCCUACUCCAGUCCAGACAGAGAAGUAAAAAAGCAAGAAGAUUCCUCAGAAACACUGGUUCUCUUGUCUGGGGAUGUGAGUGAUAUGUCAAUCAAUAUUUUAAAUCAAGAAAAUAAGGAGCAUCCUGCUGUGUUUCCAGUAAAUAAAACACCAUCCGAAGAAAAUAUUCCAAUUAGUAAGAAUAGUGUUGUAUUAUUGGGAAGGUCAGACGAAAAUAUACAGAAGGAUGAUCAGGUACCUGUGGAAAUGCCCUGUAGUGAAGAGGCAAAGAAAGAGUUUACUCUAUUGUCAGAGUCCAGCAAGGAGUUUUUUGUGGGUUCUUCCCAACCCACAGACUCGUUCCAUGUUUCACAUCCUGCUUCCUCAGUGUGGAUGGGAUCAUCUACUUCCUGCUCUCUAGAGAAAAUAAAAACUGCACAAGAGGCAGCUGCUUCUGGUAAGGAGAACAGUCAGUCACUGGUCCACAAAGAGGAACUACUGGGGAACAAAGCUGAAAAAGUAGUCAGUGAACUCAAUGCCUUCAGAAAGUUUUCUGUUUCCUCUGCACGAGAGAGACCAAGAACCAGAAGCCUACACUUCCCAGAAAGAUCAGAGUUGGAAAGCCCAUUAAAUACUGGAUUCUUCCUGUCCAAAGAAAAGGUUUCCUCAAGAAAUGAGAAGUGGAAAGAAGACUUCCAGAAGGGAUCAGAGCUGGACGAGGAAAAAAGUAGCAACAAAAAGCAGACCUCGCUGGCAGAGGCUGACUCUGAGAACACAGAACCUACAGAAAUUUUGGCUGGUUAUGCUUCUCUGGCUGUUGAUGCAGUGCUGAUGCCAAGCAAUUCUUCGGUGGUAUCCCAGAAUCAGCCAAGCUGUAAAGAUAAAAGUCCUUUUCAAGUGAAACUUAGAUCCACCUCACUGUCCUCGAAAUAUAGAGACAACUCAUCACCAGAAUCAAAAGAGAUUAAAAGAUUCAGUGCAGAAUUUAAUUUAGAAAAUGAGGGAUUGACUUCCUUUCUAAAAGGUGAUAAGGCAGAGAUCAAAAAACCAGCCAAUACAAAUACUGGUGAUUCUUUAAAUGAAAAGAUCAAACCUAAAGCAAAGUCCUCUGAACAACUUAGCAGCAAACCUCCACUGCCUAAAAAGCCAGCAUUGCAAAACAUCCCAAACACUACUGCAAACAAGGAGAAGCAGGAGAAAUCUAUGCAUUCUCCUGAAUCCAGAAGUGAAGACAAAGACUUGGAGAAACAGUCAGAUUCUGGUAAAGCGCCUGAGAAAAGUGUGCCUUCCCCUGUGGCUACUGGAGACUCUGGAAGAGAUCCUGACACUACAGCAGAGCCAGCCUGGAUUUCCAUUGCAAGGCAAAAGCAGAGGGGCAUGCAGCAGGAGAAGGACAGAGAAAAGCUUGUGGCUCCGGAUAUUAAGGCAGAUACAGAGAAAAAGAAUAAAGAAAAGGAACAAACAGAGGGGUCAGUGAAGCAACAAUGGAGCAAAACAUCCCACUUGGCAGCUAAAACCGCUUCUGAGGAGCAGGGGAAAGACACAAAGUCUGAAGUGAAGGAGCCUCUGCUGAGAACCAGUUCACUUUCACAUUAUGUCCCUGUAGCUCCAUCACCUGCACUGGCGGAUAAGGAGGAAAUAGGCCACUUGAAGAAAGCUAGUAAUGCUGCUCCAGAUGAGCCAUCGUGGAUGGAACUGGCCAAAAAGAAAUCCCAAGCAUGGAGUGAUAUGCCGCAGAUUAUAAAAUAGAAUGAUGCAAACAAAUAGCAUCUUUCAUAAUUAAGUCAACUACUUAACUGAACUUCUACAUACCAGCUAAUCACAGUGAAGAAUCUCUUGAUAUGGAAGAAGGAUUUUAUUAUACAGCUGUGGAGAAAGUGUGCAAUAGGUGCAGUCAAAAAGUUUACCUUCAACUUUUUAGCAAUCAGGAUUGCAAUGGCAAUGGAUUACUUCGGUUAUGCUAAGGAUGUACUUAUACUUUGGAAAAUAAAACUUUUGCCUUACGUAUUUCCUGCAUUUUCUGCUUUUAAUUAUGUUUGCAUCAAAACAGGAUCUUUGUUAAACUUUGCUGAACUUC